GCAGUACUACGUGUCGGAAGUGACAGUGGCUCGAGAACGACCUGUGGACGGUAUAGCGACGAGUUAGGCGAGAACAGCAUCCAUAUCGCGAUCUCACCUCUGGACGGUAUGGCGGAGUCUCCGUCGGAAUCGGAUAAUCUCCGGGAAAUCCGGACAAAAUUUGUUGGAAAAUGGCGACUGGUUGGCAGUGAAAACUUUGAAGAUUUCCUGAAAGAGAUGGGUGCUCCUUACCCGGCGCGGAAGAUGGCUGGUUUCAGCAAACCCGACUGCGAGGUCAGCAUCAUUGACGACAAAGUGAGAGUGUACACGACGACGACCUUCUGGUCACAAGAAGACAUCAUCCAGUUCAACGUUGACUACGAAAAAGAAAUUCAGAAGACAAAGAUGAAGUGUCACGCCAAGUAUGAAGACGGCAACAUCCUUAUGACGAUGGAACCGAUUGAUGGCUCCAAGAUCAAACCCCAGAAACAGACACGAUAUAUCGAUAACGACAACAUGGUCUUGAAAAUCGAAGUCGGGGACGUCGUUGCCAAGAGGAUAUUUGGACGUGUGUAGUCGAGUAGCGCCAACCAUCUCAUCAAGCCGGACAGAGGGAUCAUGACAUUUUCCCAUGAUAUUUCAACAGUAAACUACGUUUAAAACGAACCCGCUUUUAACGAACUGGCAGAAUUAACGAUCUAUUUCCUUUGGCCAUUUAUAUAUUUUAUUGUAUAUUGUAGUCAAAUGCGUAAAACGAAUCGAAAACGAACUACGGUUAUUUCGAAGUAUAAUAGUGGUUCCUUUGAGUUCGUCAUAACCGUAGUUGACUGUGUCUGUUUUAAGCAAGGGAUACAGGUGACUCGGUCAUCUAAGGCUACGGAGUUGGCUGUCUCAAGAGUUACGUUCCUAAACGCCUAUGAAUACGGGUUCGAAUCCAUAUCAACCUUGGUGACAUUUCUGAAAGAUUGGGCGCGAUGGGGUAGCCUAGUGGUCAAAGCGUUGGCUCGUCACGCCAAAGACCGGGUUCGAUUCCCCACAUAGGUACAAUGUGUGAAGCCCAUUUCUGGUGUCCCCCGCCGUGAUAUUGCGGUAAUAUUUCUAAAAGUGGCGCAAAACCAAAACUCACUCAGUCACUCACUCUAAAAGCGGCGCAAAACCAAACUCACUCACUCACUCAUUCUGAUACAUGGACGACACGGCCACCUGUGAAUCAAACCCCAUCUUGUUUUUGACAUGCUUCCAACAAUAUUCAUGUCAUAUCACAGCGGGUGAACUUAAUGUAAGAUAAAAGCCCGAAAUAACGUUGAUCUGAGAGGUUUGCUGCUUUAGUUGUGACAGAACCCCCAAACAAACCCGAUCCAGUUGAACCGUACCACUAUUAUCGGUUUCUGGCGUUGCAAAGGGAUGUAACUCUGCUCAGCUAAUUGCCGUGCCUUGGACGACUGGGCCACCCGUGGUCCCCACUUGAGUUCGCACUCUCGUUCUGAGCAAAGCUGAUACUCCAUGAUCUGACUUAAAUACCGUUAGAGCAGCGCUAAACUUACUCACUCACUCCAGGUGAAUAUGAUAUCUUACAGUGAACAAAAUACAAAUGCGUGAUAAAGUGGAGGGAUGUAAUGAUAGAGAUAUGAUCAAGUGUGGUGAUACAUCAGCGGUUGUGAUAUUUUCAAACUGAACAAUGUAUGUUCUUUGUGUUCGCAUGCAUGACAAACUGUUUCUUUAUGUUUUUAAAUUUACGUGCAUAAUUUUCGAUGGAAAUGUAGACAUAUACUCAACAGUAAUAGGUUCUUCAUAUGUUACCCACUCUUGUUGAUAGUUUAGAGGUUUAAGCGUUCGCUCGUCACGCCGAACGCCCUGGUUCGAUUCUAGAUAUUGGUGUUAUGUGUGAAGCACUUUUCUACGGGUUGUAGCUGGAAUAUUGCUAAAAGCGGCCUAAUGUUAUACUCACUCACUCAUUAUCUCUUGAUACUCGAUGUUGAACCGCAUUUAUGAACAUACGUAUUUUAGGUUUUGACAAGCAUUAAAAAAUAAUAAUUAAAAAUUCAGUUUUAGUAAACAUCAGCUUUGAAAUGUAAAUUUUUUAUAUGGUUAUCGAGCCAAGUAGAAUCGUUCCAACUGAUCGACGUCUAUAAAUUCUACUCAAGACAAAGCUUCCGUAGCCUAAAUUACGACUAACUCGUGGAAACUAAGCACUUAAUUUAUAUGCGCAGUCUUUUCGUUGAGCACUGGGAAUGAGCAAUAUUGUAAUUUGUAACGCAACAUAAGCGGUGGUAACAUCUUACGGACACGCACGUACGUAGUUGACCGUAGUCGGGGAUGAGCGUAGUAGACCGUAGUAGAACCGUAGUUGACCUUAGUUAAACGUAGUGGGCGGUGGGGUAGCAUAGUGGUUAAAGCGUUGGCUCGUCGCGCCGAAGAUCCGGGUUCGAAUCCCCACAUGGGUGCAAUGUGUCAAGCCCACUUCUGGUGUCCCCUGCCGUGAUAUUGCUGGAAUAUUGCAAAAAGCGGCGUACAACUAUACUCAGUCAGUUCAACGUAGUUAGACGUACUUACGCGUAUCUCAACGUAGAUCAUCGUAGGUAUGACCGUGCUUUGAGCUUCAGCAAACACAUGAUGUGGCCACGGUUAGACCAAAAUGUUUUCAACAUGUUCAAUAUAUCUCUACGGUUAGCUUGAUAGCCUAGACCGUAGUUUGAACGUGGUUGACCCUCGUUCUCGCUACUGCACCGGUUUGUUGCCCGCAGUACACCGUGGUAACGUGGCACUACGAUAAAACUACGGUUUACUUCUACGAUGAAACUACGGUUUACUUCUAUUACACCCUACUACAGUCUAGUUCACCGUAGUGGUACUACGGUGAACUACGUUGGAACGAGUUACGGUCAACAACGUUCAUGACCGUAAGAUGUGACCGCGGCUUACAGUUAGAGCCAGAACAAAAACAGAACCUCAGAAAAGCAUAUGUACUCAUAACAGAACCCAGAACAUUUUUACGGGUUUAUCCUGCAAAUACUUCUCUGCUUCAAAGCCUAUUAUCUGAAAGAAGUAAGAUAAAGGCAUUUUCUGCCAAAUGUGACUAGCUAUAUAUACUUGUAUCAAUGUAAGCAUUGUGUUUUAAACAGAACUUGUUUAUAUGUACGUUUAGCUGCCAAACCUGGGCACAUUUGCAUAUUAAGUCACUAAGCGGAAAUCAUUGUUGGUUUCCAAUUCUUUCUAUUUUCUUUACGUUUUUCAUUAAACAUAAUUAUACACA